AUGGCUGAAUCAGUAAACGAAAAUAACACUUCUGGAGAUUCUAAUGGAAACAACAGGACCAAGAGGAACACCAUAAUAACAAUCGUUGUAGUUGUUCUUGUUGUCACUUUACUUCUGGCAGUAGCUAGCAAGAAAGGAUGGUUUGGAGGUAACAAGGGUGGAAGCUCCACUAAAGUUGGCGGAGAUCCAGCAUCAAAACCUCCUUCCCUGAAGUCAUCUGAAGAAAGUGGCAAAGGGGGCAAUAAAGGGAAUUCUAUGAAGGGAUCUCCUUCUAGCAACAAGGAAGAAGAAAACGAGGUCGGGGGCUCCAACACCUCCAAUCUUUACGGAUAA